CUACGACACGUAAAACACUAAAGAAGAAUGGUGUUCAUGGGAGGAAGCCACUGCUGUCCAAAAAAAAGAUUUUUUUUUUAAGUUUGCAAAAGAGCUCCUGGAAGUUCUACAGCGCUACUGGAAAAAUAUUCUGUGGACAGAUAAAACUAAAAUUAAGUUGUUUGGAAGGAACCCACAACACUAUGUGUGGAGAAAAAAAAGGCACAGCACACCAAAUUCUUCCCAGCGAUUAUCAAGACAUUUUGCAGGAUAAUGUAAGGCUAUCUGUCUGCCAAUUGAAGCUCAACAGAAGUCGGGUGAUGCAACAGGACAACGACCCAAAACGCAGAAGUAAAUCAACAACAGAAUGGCUUCAACAGAAGAAAAUACACCUUCUGGAGUGGCCCAGUCAGAGUCCUGACCUCAACCCGAUUGAGAUGCUGUGGGAUGACCUCAAGAGAGCGGUUCACACCAGACAUCCCAACAACAUUUCUGAACUGAAACAGUUUUGUAAAGAGGAAUGGUCCAAAAUUCCUCCUGACCGUUGUGCAGGUCUGAUCCACAACUACAGAAAACGUUUGGUUGAUGUUAUUGCUGCCAAAGGAGGUUCAACCAGUAAUUAUAUCCAAGGGUUCACAUACUUUUCUCACCCUGCACUGUGAAUGUUUACACGGUGUGUUCAACAGAGACGUGAAAACGUAUCAUUUUUGAGUGUGUUAUUAGUUUAAUAAGUAGACUAUGUUUGUCUAUUGACUUCUGCAUCAAUCCAGGUCAUUCCAAAAAGGGUUCACAUCCGUUUUCUUUCCACUCUAUGUGUUUUAUUAAGACACGUUGCUUAAUAAAGAACAUUUCAAACAAACAAAACAUAAAAUUACGACUCAUAUUCAGAUGAGUGUUUGUCCUGGCCCCUUGUUAAUAAAUCUUUCACAGACACACAAACAAGACAUUGGAUCAAUAAGUGAUUGACAACAUUCCAUCACGUCCUCUCCGGUCUCCAGGCGCUAUUAUGACGUCACAAUGAGCGUGUUCUGUCUCUCUUGUGACAUCAUCACAUCCCCGACGGUCCCCCGGCAUUCUACUGGUCACGGUGUUCUUCUGUAGGCGAACUUUCACCGGACAGAGAGACCUGGCUAGCAGAGGGUUUCACUCUCUACUUACCACGGGCCCACUACAGCCUCUGUCUGUAUGUCUGCAACACUCUAAAUCGAUCAAUGUGAUGAUCUAGUGAUUAAGAUUGGGGAUUUUGACCAGUUGAUUAGCUACCAUGGCACGUAGAUCAGUACGCUCCCUCACCACAGGGAAGGAUCUAGACACCCACAUCAGCCCUCUGGCCAAUGAGGGAGGGGCGAACGAGGGCCUCAGCAGACUGAGGGAUGAGAGAGCAGAGAGGAGGCGGAGGAAAAGGAGGAGCUCUGAGAAGAGUACAGGAGGAAGAGGAGAGAGGAAGAGAAGGGGGAGGAGCUCUGAGAGGAGUACAGGAGGAAGAGGAGAGAGGAAGAGGAGGGGGAGGAGUGAGAAGGACGAGGAAGAGGGGAAUCUGUCCUUAGAGAAUAUAUUUGGCUCCUCCUCCAUGUCCAGCACCACGCUGGUCAACACGUUACAGCCCCCACAAUGCAACAGUAGAGAACCAAGUCCUGAUCCAGUGGCAGAGAGGUUUGUACAGCUGGGUUGCCUGGGAGACGGAGGCUAUGGGACGGUCUACGCUGGUUACCGCAGAGACGACAACCUACCGGUGGCUAUAAAACGUGUUCCCUUGGCCAAAGUGUUACGUGUACCUGUGACUCAGAAUGGACAGCAGGCGGAGUUUCCCUUGGAGGUGGUCUUACUGCGGAUCGUGGGAGGUCGGGGUGAGGCUAGGGGGGAGGGUAAGGGUGAGGUUGUCCCUCCCCCCCGUGCUGCGGUGGCCCUGCUGGACUGGUUUGAGCUGGAUCAGGAGUUGGUGCUGGUUCUGGAGAGACCGGUUCCCUGCAUGGACCUCUAUGCCUACAUCCAGAUGAGAGGAGGAACGUUGCAGGAGGAACACGCCAGGGUCAUUCUGAGGCAGCUCGUUGAAGCGAUGAGAGAGGUCCAUUCCAGAGGUGUUCUCCAUCGUGACAUCAAACCGGAGAACGUUCUAGUAGAGACCGGUUCCACCUCGCCUCGGAUCAGGGUUCUAGACUUCGGCUGCGGUUGUAUUCUCAGAGACGGGCCGUACACAGAGUGUUACGGUACGUCCCAGUACACCCCUCCAGAGUGGUUUCUGAGGGAGUCGUACCGAGCUGGUCCCUCCACCGUGUGGCAGCUGGGGGUGGUGCUCUACGACAUGCUGUGUGGGGACCAGCCCUUCAACACAAGGAGAGAGAUACUCUAUGAGGAGCCUUACAUCAAGGACCAACUGUCCAGACACUGUGUGGAUCUGUUGAGGAAGUGUCUGGCGAAGCGACCCCGAGGACGGCCCACUCUGGAGGAGAUGCUACUCCACCCCUGGCUCCAGCCGGACACGCCCCCUGGCUCCAGUGAACCGGACACUCCCCCUGGACAGACCUGCAGCUUGUCACCUGAACACAACACAACCCAACCCGACAUAAACAAUCGAUUUUUAAAACACUUUUUUUAAACCGU